AUGCAUAAGGAUCCCUACUUGAUGGUUCUAGCUAGACGCCAAUAUUCGUCCGCGCUAAACCUCCUCGCUAAAGCUAUCGGUGAGCCUAAAGACUCUGUUAAUGGGGCGCUAGUAGCUGCCAGCUUCAAUUUGUCUGUUUUCGAGCUGAUAGCUUGUGACGCUCCUUCAGCCGCCCACUUAUGGGUAAAGCACAUAAAGGGGACGCUCGUGCUCCUAAAUAUGCUAAAGCUCCAUCCAGACGGGCUGGUUAGCGAGCUGGAGGGUCUGGUACAGAUUGCGUAUACUGCAGCGCUGGCCUACCUUAUUAGUGAGCAGACAGUUCCGGAGUUUCUACUUGGAUUAAUGCAGUCCUGCAAGGCCAUCUCUAUGGGAACGACCCUUUUACCCAUGAUAGAACUGUUCGAUAUAAUGAGCAGCUUGAUUGACCUUUACAUAAGAGAAAAGCAUUGCGAUGUACAGGACCACGUCCAGCUUAUAUCUACAGCUAUUCAUUUUGAUCAAAGUCUACUUGCGUGGGCCAACAACCUCUCUCCAACUUUCACCUUUGAUGCUAUUGUUGGAGGCUCUUCUCACUCUCGCGAACAUGGCUGGCUUGUGAAAGCCUGGAACUAUUAUUGGCUAUGUCGGGUACUUGCCAAUAUGGUAGUGAUUGAUAGCCUUGACGCCCUCUCCCCGUCUAUUCAAUUAACUCAUAUGACAUUGAUCACCGAGUCGAAGGCACAGUACAGCAAAUCAUUAUCUAUACUCAGACAAGCGCCACGAGAAAUACAUGCCAGCAUUCCGCUUAUGUUAAGACGUAUGGGUCGGUCCUCUCUCGCUUUGUCUUCUGAUACAUCGUUUUUGAUCACUAUUUUACAAUCUCUGUCCAUUCUGACAAGCCAACGUGUUGUGAUCAAUGGUUAA